GCGAUGAGAACAUCCAAUGCCAGACUUCUGAAUUGAGAUCUGCCUUGUUAAUGUUGCUGCCUCUCUUUAAACAGCUGCCUAUGGCGCCGGUAUCGCCAGCACGUGGGUCCGCCCAGGCACGCCAGCCCUGUUAUCUGGAGCUAAGUGUGUUGGAAAGGGUCAUAUUCAUGACUGAACGAAGGUGAGUUACGCGGACAACUUUCAGGUAGAAGCUUCAACACAGCAACAACCGUGUCUUCACGACCGGUAUUUAUUUCAUUCAAUUCCACCUGCAUUGGAAUAACUCAUACUUCUUUUUCUACAUCAUUGAUACCCAUAACAUUUCCUUGCCACACCCUCUGAACGCGCAUGAUCCGGCAUUUCCGACCUACACCAUCCAACGCCCAAUAUCCAACACCACCAUCAGUCAUCAUGGACUAUUCACCAGAUCUCAGCAACAGCAUCACGAUGCACCCGCAUCUGUUUCAUAUGCAUCCGAACCGCCCAGAAUCUACAAGAUCAGGCCAUAGAACACCAGCCCCUCACGAUAAGGAUGCCUCAACAACCGCAAUAGACCUUGAACAUCCUGAGGGCAACGAGCCAACUGCUCGACACGUCAUGAGCGCCACAGAUGUCGAAGGGCAGCACCCGCCACAAUACACCCGCGAAAACGAUCCAUACAAUCUUUCUGCGAAGUUCAAGUCUGAGACCGAACUCGAAGCCAUCCGCGCCAACUCAUCGAGGAAGCGCGAUGGCUUCGGGCCCUUGACGCUGAACAAAGAUUCAGCGAGAGCGAAGAAACUCCAGGGCUUCUACAAGACACAAAAUGAGAAUAUCGAGCGCCUGCUCAAACCCGUGGACCAUCACGUUGAGGAGGCUAGGCAGGAGGCUGGAGACAAUCACUUGAAGUUCCAGAUUGCAAUUUACGGGUCGCUGAUUGCCAACAUCGUGUUGUCCGGCCUACAGCUAUACGGUGCUAUUGCAUCCGGAUCGCUCUCUCUGUUUACGACGAUGGCAGACGCGGUUUUCGACCCGUUGUCGAACGUUGCCCUGAUUGUUGCCAACCGCGCUGUGUCAAGGGUUGACUCAAGGAAAUUCCCCUCUGGAAAGGCGCGAUUGGAAACCGUUGGCAACAUCUCUUUCUGCUUCAUCAUGAUCGCCGUGUCUUCCAUCCUGAUUGCCUUCUCUAUUAAGGAUCUCGUGACAACCAAAGAUGCAGAGACCAACGGCUUUCACCUUCCCGCCGUCGUCGCCGUCGCUGUUGCAUUCAUCACCAAGUUUUGCUUGUUCCUAUACUGCUGGGCCUUGAAGGAUAAGAACUCGCAGAUCAUGAUUCUCUGGAAGGAUCACCGCAAUGACCUCCUGAUCAACGGCUUCGGUAUCCUCACCUCCGUCGGUGGCUCCAAGCUCAAGUGGUGGAUCGAUCCUAUGGGCGCCAUCAUUCUCUCCGUUAUCGUUUCCAUCAUCUGGUUGCGCACCGCCUUCUCUGAGUUCAUGCUCUUGGUUGGAGUUACAGGACCCGUGGACAUGCACCAGCUUCUUACGUACACAUGCCUUACUCACUCUCCUGACAUCAUCGCCAUCGAUACCGUGCGCUGCUACCACAGCGGACCCAGGCUCAUCGCCGAGGUCGACGUCGUGAUGGCGCCAGAGGCGACCCUGAGGGCUACGCAUGAUGUGGCAGAGGAGCUCCAGAUCAAGAUUGAGAGCCUGCCAGAUAUCGAGCGCGCGUAUGUCCAUGUGGACUACGAGACUACGCACAAGCCAGAGCACACGUUUAAGAAGGAUAUGUGAGGAAACGGCGCGUGGAAAGCUGGGAAGGGAUUACCAUCGGCGGUCGAUAGGGACGAUGGAUUUGUAUUAUAUAAUAGCGAAAUGGGCACGGUGUUAUUUUGGCGCCAGGGUUGUAGCAGAGUCCUACAUAUAGUAGAGACCUAUAGCAAGUACAAGAAAAAAGCUAAUUUUCACUCU